CCUCUCCAUGACCCAGAGGAUCAGCCCCUGCUCCAGUCUGGCCAGCAGCACAGCCUCUCCUCCUGCUGGAAGCCCCUGCUCCACUCUGCCUGCUGGAGCCCCGGGUAAUAUGAGCACCCGAGACUGUGCUUACGGCUCCAUCACCAGUCCAACAUCCACACUGGAGAGCCGGGACAGCGGCAUUAUAGCAACGCUCACGAGUUACUCAGAGAAUGCGGAGCACGGAGGCAAACACAGCGAGGGAUCGCGGGGCAGUCUGAAACUCUGGCAGGCACAAAAGUCAAUGGGGACGGACUCCUUUCUCUAUAGGGUGGAUGAAAACAUGGCCGCCUCCACAUACAGCCUCAAUAAAAUCCCUGAGAGGAGCCUGGAGCACUCGGUGUCUCACUCCGCUCACUCCAUCCCGCUCUACCUCAUGCCCCGGCCCAACUCUGUGGCUGCCACCAGUUCGGCUCACCUGGAGGAUCUUGCGUAUCUGGAUGAGCAGAGACAGGCUCCGCUGCGCACGUCUUUGAGAAUGCCACGUCAGAACUCCGGUUCCAGCCGAUCCGGACAAGCAGACAUGAGAGUGCGUUUUGCUCCAUACCGGCCACCAGACAUCGCCCUGAAGCCGCUGCUCUUUGAAGUGCCCAGUUUGACACCCGAGGCAGUUUUCACCGGUCGAGAGUGGCUGUUCCAGGAAGUGGAAGUGUGUCUCCGCAGCAGUGAGACCACCACCAGUCAAGGUGUUGUUAUUGUGGGCAACGUGGGUUUCGGCAAGACGGCCAUCAUCUCUCGCUUGGUGGCUCUCAGCUGCCACGGUAACCGCAUGAGACAGAUCACCUCUGACAGUCCACAUGCUUCACCAAAACAUGGAGACACACUACCAUCGAGUCAGCCUCAGUCGGCUCAUGGCACUCUGGUUGGAGGAAGCAGCUGCCCUGGAACACCAGAGAUGAGGAGACGCCAGGAGGAGGCGCUCAGAAGACUGGCUGCCCAGGUGGUGGCAUACCAUUACUGUCAGUCAGACAACGCGUACACAUGCCUGGUGCCGGAGUUUGUGCACAAUGUGGCAGCGUUGUUGUGCAGGGCUCCUCAGAUGCAGGCCUACAGAGAUCUUCUGCUUCGCCAGCCACAUCUGCAAAGCACACUGAGCCUGCGCGCCUGCGUCCAGGACCCUUUCAAUGCCUUCCGCAGAGGCCUGCUGGAGCCUCUGGAGAUCCUGCAUCGAGAGAGGAAGAUUGCCUGUGAGGAGAACCUGAUCAUCUUGAUAGACGGGUUGAAUGAGGCAGAGUUCCAUAAACCGGAUUAUGGAGAAACCAUUGUUUCCUUCCUGUGCAAAACUAUUGAGCGGUUUCCUCCCUGGCUUAAACUGGUGGUCACUGUCAGAACAACACUACAGGAUGUGACUCGUCCAUUGCCAUUCCACCGUAUCUCUCUGGAUCGUCUGGAGGAAAGUGAUGCAAUUGACUCUGACCUGCAAGGCUACAUCCUUCACCGGCUUCACGCCAGCCAGGAGAUUCAGAACAAUGUGGCACUCAAUGGCAAGCUGGACAAUACAGCCUUCACAAAACUUAGUGCUCAUCUCAAGAGUCUGAGCCGGGGCUCCUACUUGUACCUGAAGCUCACACUGGACCUCAUUGAGAAGGGUUACCUUGUGCUUAAAAGCUCUAGCUACAAGGUGGUUCCAGUGAAUCUGGCUGAGGUCUACCUGCUGCAGCUGAACAUGCGUUUCCCAACUCAGUCAUCAUUCGAGCGUGUUCUUCCGCUGCUGAACGUGGCCGUAGCUUCUCUGCACCCAUUAACCGAUGAGCAGGCCUAUGGCGCCGUGAAUGCUGGUAUGAUGCGUGGAGCAUCCAUGGAGUGGGAGGAUUUUCAGCAGAGAUCUGAGCUUCUGUCGCCAUUCCUGGUGAAAAGACGUGAUGGAACCCGCAUGUUCAUCCACCCCUCUUUCAGAGAGUGGCUCAUCUGGAGAGAGGAUGGAGAGAAGACCAAGUUUCUCUGUGACCCCAGGAGUGGCCACACACUGCUUGCAUUCUGGUUUUCACGGCAAGACAGCAAGCUUAAUCGACAACAGACCCUUGAACUUGGCCACCACAUUCUCAAAGCUCACAUUUUUAAGGGCUUGAGUAAGAAGGUUGGGGUUUCCUCCUCGGUGCUGCAGGGGUUGUGGGUUUCCUACAGUACAGAAGGACUCUCCACAGCUUUGGCUUCAUUGAGAAACCUCUACACUCCUAAUGUCAAGGUGUCUCGUCUGCUGAUUAUGGGCGGAGCUAAUGUGAACUACCGCACAGAGGUGUUGAAUAAUGCACCCAUCCUGUGUGUUCAUGCUCACCUGGGCUACCUGGAGACUGCGGCUCUGCUGUUAGAGUUUGGGGCAGAUGUGGAUGGUGUUUCAGAGAGCGGACUCACUCCUCUCGGCUACGCAGCUGCCGCAGGUCACCUGUCCAUAGUCACCGCUCUCUGCAGCAAGAAAGCCAAGGUGGAUCAUCUGGAUAAAAACGGUCAGUGUGCACUCGUUCACGCUGCCCUGCGAGGUCAUCUGGAGGUGGUGAAGUAUUUAGUCCAGUGUGAGUGGAAUAUAGACGGUCAACAAGUCGGAUCCUUCAGCAAGAGUCAUGCAAUACAACAGGCCCUCAUAGCAGCCGCUAGUAUGGGCUAUACUGAGAUUGUAUCAUACCUACUCGACCUGCCUGAGAAAGAUGAGGAAGAGGAGGAACGAGCUCAAAUAAACAACUUUGAUACAUUAUGGGGUGAAACAGCUCUGACAGCAGCAGCAGGUCGGGGAAAGCUGGAUGUUUGUCGUCUUUUAUUGGAGCAGGGGGCCGCUGUGGCUCAGCCCAACCGCAGGGGCAUCGUGCCACUCUUCAGCGCUGUUCGGCAGGGACACUGGCAGAUAGUGGACCUGCUGCUAAAUCAUGGUGCUGAUGUCAACAUGGCUGAUAAACAAGGGAGAACUCCUCUAAUGAUGGCUGCUUCUGAAGGACAUCUGGGCACUGCAGAGUUCCUGCUGGCUCAAGGUGCGUCAUUGUCUCUGAUGGACAAGGAGGGUCUGACAGCACUGAGCUGGGCCUGUCUUAAAGGGCACCUCCCAUUGGUUCGUGCUCUGGUAGAGAGAGGUGCAGCGACGGCCCAUGCAGACAAGAGCGGCCGUACUCCACUAGAUCUUGCUGCAUUUUACGGAGACUCUGAAGUGGUGCAGUUUCUGGUGGAUCAUGGUGCGAUGAUUGAGCAUGUGGAUUACAGCGGCAUGCGUCCACUGGAUCGAGCGGUUGGAUGCAGGAACACAUCAGUGGUGGUGGCACUGCUCAAGAAGGGUGCAAAGAUAGGUCCUGCAACAUGGGCAAUGGCCACAUCCAAACCUGAUAUUAUGAUCGUUCUGCUCAGCAAACUCAUAGAGGAAGGAGAUGGAUUCUACAAGAAAGGAAAGGUGAAAGAAGCAGCUCAGAGGUACCAGUACGCCCUGAAGAAGUUUCCUCGAGAGGGUUUCACUGAGGACCUGAAGACCUUCCGUGAACUCAAAGUGUCCCUGCUGCUCAACCUGUCCCGCUGCCGGAGGAAAAUGAACGCAAUUCCACGCAGCCCUGGAGGACCUGAGUGAAGCUGUGCGUUUAUGUCCCAACAACCGUGAGAUCCAGCGCCUGCUGCAACGUGUGGAGGAAGAGUGUCGUCAGGUUGAACAACAACAGGAGCUGGA